CUUAUUCCUUCCCACCUCGAAAGAUCUAGCGAUUCCCAAUCAGUUGAUUAGCCCCGCGCGCCCCCAAUCGCAUCACCGAUCGGCGACGACCCCGAUUCCUCUCCGGCCGCCCAUCGUCAUCUCCGUUUCCGAUCACUCUGGUCCAAUACCUGCAUAAUUCGAUUUAUAUAGUCACAGCAGCUGCUUUAAGAAGGAUUACUGGAGAGGAUCGCCUAGCUGCAAUGUGGGCCAAUUAGUGGGUCUUUCAUUUGCAGAAUGAGAUAGAGUUUCUGAUAAAUUACUCGAUUUGAUCAGAUCCUUGAGUAGGCGCUUGCUAUAAGCGCAGUGACUUGGGGAACUUGUUUGGUGUGGUAGCUGUUAUCAUCUUUACGUCAUGCCAUACUAUAUACAGAGACUUUAUAACAUCUGCAAGGCAUCAUUUUCGUCUGAUGGACCUGUCUCUGAUGAAGCUCUUGAAAGAGUUCGUGCUAUGCUAGAUAAAAUCAAGCCCUCUGAUGUAGGUCUCGAGCAAGAUGCGCAGUUAGUAAGGGCAUGGUCUGGUUCAGUGCCUGAAAGAAAUGGAAGUCGUCAGUCACUUCCACCUAUCAAAUACCUGCAUUUACAUGAAUCUGAUAGCUUCUCUAUUGGAAUCUUCUGCAUGCCCCCUUCCUCAAUCAUACCUCUUCACAAUCAUCCCGGAAUGACUGUGCUCAGCAAGCUUGUAUAUGGGUCCAUGCAUGUAAAAUCAUAUGACUGGGUUGAUACGGUUGCACCAAUUGAUUCAUUGCAAGCAGCAAGAUCAGCAAAGCUCGUUAAAGAUGCUGAGAUGACAGCACCAUGUCCGACGACCAUUCUUUAUCCCACAAGUGGUGGCAACAUCCAUUGUUUUAGAGCAAUCACUCCCUGUGCUAUUUUUGACAUCCUGUCUCCACCUUAUUCAUCGGAAAAUGGAAGGCACUGCACUUAUUUUAGGAAAUCACCGAGAAGGGAUCUACCAGGGGAACUUGAACUGGAUGGGACAACGGUCUCCAAUAUAACUUGGUUAGAAGAGUUCCAGCCUCCUGAUAACUUUGUGAUUCGAAGAGGGUUGUACAAGGGUCCUGUUAUAAGAACAUGACAAUUCUUCUUGGGGUGUACCAUAGGUUUCAUGAAUUUGUUGCAUCUUACUAGGAAAUGUCGAGGCAAAUGCCCUGUGGCCUGUCAAUAAUUGAUAGUUCGGCUACAUAAGCUAAGGCAUGUGGUUUGUAUAUAUUAGAACAAUGUGGUCUGAUUUUCUGACCUCAGUUUCUAGUAUGGAAUAGUAACUGUUUAGGUUGGAGCAAAUCACGUGCAACUGUCGGUUUAGCAGAGUCUCCUUCAAUGCCCAUGAAAGUUUGGUGCCUUUAUGAGAGAUCCCUCAGUCAUGGUUGAUUUCUUCACCCCA